CCUUACCCACUGCUACGCCUUCUCGCCCUCAGAUCCGCCCCGGGUUCUCGUCGCCGGUGUACUGUACCGUGUACUGGCUGGAAGAGUCUUUGUGGCCCCGAGGUGGCCAAAGGGAGUGAAUGCAGUUAGCGCCGCCAGCCAGACCAACUCGCCUCCGAGGUCAUUCCCACCUUCUAAGGUUGCCGGGACCGCCUGCCCUCCAGCCGUUUCCUCCACCAGAUUUUCAGCUACUGAUGUUACAAACAAAAUAUUGGAGCAUAGAGUUGAGGAAAAGACUUAAACCAGUUAAAAAUAUGGAUCCUGAAGCAGAGGGACUACCAAUUAUCAAAGUGACUCCUCUUCAACAAAUGAUUGCCUCUUGUACUGGAGCUAUACUGACAUCACUGAUGGUGACACCCUUUGAUGUUGUUAAAAUUCGACUCCAAGCCCAAAACAACCCAUUCUCCAAAGGAAAAUGUUUCUUAUAUAGUAAUGGACUUAUGGAUCAUCUAUGUGUCUGUGACGAGGAAGGCAACAAAGCAUGGUAUAAGAAGCCAGGACGUUUCCAGGGAACAUUGGAUGCCUUCUUGAAAAUCAUUCGAAAUGAGGGCAUUAAAUCCCUGUGGAGUGGCCUUCCUCCUACCUUAGUGAUGGCAGUUCCUGCCACAGUUAUUUAUUUUACCUGCUAUGAUCAAUUAACUGUUCUUCUGAGAUCUAAAUUAGGAGAAAGUGAAAGCCACAUACCAAUUGUUGCUGGAAUUGUGGCUAGACUUGGUGCAGUAACUGUAAUAAGUCCACUGGAAUUGAUUAGAACCAAGAUGCAAUCUAAGAAGUUUUCUUACGAGGAACUGCAUCAGUUUGUCAGCAAGAAAGUGUCUGAAGAUGGUUGGAUUUCCCUCUGGAAGGGCUGGGCUCCUACCGUUCUUAGAGAUGUACCAUUCUCAGCAAUGUACUGGUAUAACUAUGAAGUUUUAAAGAAGUGGUUGUGUGCAAAAUCUGGUUUAUGUGAACCGACGUUUAUGAUCAACUUUACUUCAGGGGCAUUAUCUGGUUCUUUUGCAGCUGUUGUAACUUUGCCAUUUGAUGUGGUAAAAACACAAAAGCAGACACAACUUUGGAUAUAUGACAGUCGGAAAAUUUCUAUGCCUUUGCAAAUGUCAACGUGGGCUAUAAUGAAGAACAUUGUUGCUAAGAAUGGAUUUUCCGGAUUAUUUACAGGCCUAAUUCCUCGUUUAAUUAAAAUUGCUCCUGCUUGUGCUGUUAUGAUUAGUACAUAUGAAUUUGCAAAGUCUUUUUUCCAGAAACAAAAUGCUCGAAGACAGCAAUACUAGAGAUGCUAUUUCAACCUGAAAUAACAACCAUGGCCAAAUAAUAAAAUGGAGAAUCUUAGACAAGAGCUUUUUUUCACCAUUAUCUUACAGUGGUUUUAUAUCUUUCUUAUCUAUAAUUUAAAUGAAUAAAAUUUCUACUUUGCAUUUAAAUCAUAAUCCUAAUUUUUAAAUAAAUUUUUUAUCCUAAUUUUUGAGAUUUUGAAAAAAUCCAGAAAUCAUAACCAUUGAGCAUUCUUGUAAAGAAACGAAGAAUUAUCCUACACUGAAAGCAAUAAUCUCAGAGUUUGAUACAAAUCUUGGUUUAAGUUAAUCCUAUUGGGAGUGUGUCAGAGACAACAGAACAUUUUGAAUUGUGUGCUGAAUGAUGUAGAGAGUCUAAAAGAAAAAUUCACAAAUCUUUUAUACAAUUUAAAUCACGGACAUAGAUAUUUAAGUAUUUCAGCAAAGUAGAUAAUGGAAGGCAGUCUUCAGAUAACAUUAUGCACAUAUACCACAUAUUACCUAUUAGUUAUUUUUUUAAAUUCACAUGCAUUUGGUAUUUUGUUUUUUUACCUUGUUCCUGUUCUAAGGCCUCAUGAAUAUUAGGAUUUCUCUGAUCAGAGGUGUAUGGUUAUUUUAUCUUCAUGAACCAAAAAUAUACUAAUUUGUAUGAUAUGCUGCUGUUUUUGAUGACUAAAGACCCUGUAUUAUCUACUGUCUCUGCAAGAGAGAGGGAGCUUUUACUGCCUGUAUCAGAUGUUCACUUCAGUCAAACUUGGGUGUACAGUGGAAAACCACAUUAUAUUCAGACCAGUAAAAAUGCUCUGUCAGCACAGGUUUCAGCUGUCCUGUAAUGUAAGUAUUACCAUUUGUGGAGUUCUCUAGGUCAUUUCUGUUGGCUUGUUCUAGCAAAAUUGAGACUAGUACUACAGUAUCAGUCACAGAGUAUUUCCAAAAUGUCCCUUGACUUUACACAUCUCACAUUAGUAUGCUAGACCAAGAACUAAACAGGCAGCAGUUUCCUUGAAGAAAGAGCUUUUGGUCACUGGAGGCUAAUGCCUAAAUAAUUUAAUGAAUGUAAGAGCGAAAUAAAAAGGAUAUGAUUUCAAGACAAGAAACAAUAUUCUUUUUUAAUAUUUUUGUUUUUCUCAGGAUCUGUAUCCUGGGAGAAAAAGCACUUUAUUGCAGUCUAUGUGAAUUUUAUGAAAAUGUGAAGCAUUUUUUUCCCUAAAAUAGAGUAAUAUAUUUAAGUGCCAAAUCUCUAGUGUUGGUAGAGGAAUUAAUGUUAUUUUCUAAUAUAGCAGAAAACUGUUUAUGUUUCACCAGAAAUAAACUCUGUAGGGUUUGUAUUUAACCUUUUGUGUUUAUUUUAUCCUGUGUUACCUUAAGUUUGCAACAUAUAUAUCCAUAAAAAUAUAUUUAUAACUUUGACUUAUAUUUUCAUUA